AUGGCAGAACGUGCUGCAGCAGUUGCUGCAAUUCUCGGUGCCGUCCUCGUACAGGUCCCUUUGAUUCAUUCUCCCGCUCGGGCUGCCUGGUGCUGGCCCUCGGAGCCUCCAGUGUGUACGGUGCCUACUGUGGCCAACGGGAAGUGCGUGGAUGCGAGCAAUGCCACUGUGACGACGAUGACGCCUGAACAGACCUGCACCCCUGUAUGCGAUGACGGCUUUGCCCUGGUCGGAAGCUGCACUCAGUUGCAAUGCCCUCGUUCAGGCGCACCACCCGGGUGCCUGCAAGACCUGGAGGACGAAACUUGGUGGAACCCAUGUGGCUGGGGUGACGUGUGCAUCAACAACGGAGGGGACUUGGGCUCGACCGCCUGGGAGAGAUUCGGCCAUUACAGGUGCUUGGCGGAGGGCAGCGCCGAGCUGGUCGGCGUCUCCCGCUGCGAUGGCGUGGCCACCGCGACCGUUCCUCCGGCGGCGGAAGGCCUCUCCGAAGCGGAGGUGCUGGAUUUUGGGACGCUCGGUAUCCUGGCCUUCCUACUCCUCGUCGGCCUCGUGGGGGCUGUCAUCGCCUGCACUGCGUCUGGGGGCCUGGCUCGGUGCUGGUUCAGGCCAGGGCCCAUGCAGUGGUCACCGGCCAACAGCUUUGGCAUCUUGGCGGUGCUGAUCGCGCUGGUGGCCGCCUGCCUCCUCCCACAGGCCAUGAGAUCCACCGGCAUUGCCGUGGGCAUCGCAGCCAUGCUCACCAUCGCGUGGUCCUACUUCAAGGGCGGUGUGCACGACGUGAUGGGGAUGACGCGGGAAGCUGCAUGGCGCAUCCACACCACCAUUGGUACGCUGACCCUCAUCCUGGGCGUUGUCCAUGGAGCAGUGGCUAUCGCGAAGAAGGGAGAAGACGUCAGGCAGAACAUCUUCUGGGUUCUGGGAAUUCCGGCCGCGCUCUUGAUGAUCCUUGGGGUGGUACCGGCACCUUUCGUCCACUACGACAAGUUCAAGAUCCUGCACUUCAUCAGCAUGUUGGGCUACAUCGUGGCCAUCAUCCACAUGAUGGACCAUGCGGUGAGCUUGCAAACCAUCGCCUCCAUUGCGGUGGCUGCCGGGAAUGGCGUCGCCCUCCUGGCAUUCAUCCUGCAGAAGGUCUACACGAAGGCGAGCCAUGGGAAGGUAACUGUGAAGAAGGCGGAACUUGUCAAUGAGUCCUGCGGGCAGCACCUUUUCUUGACCAUGUCCGUUCCCAACUUCAAAUUCCGUCCCGGUCAGUGGGGCCACCUGGCAGUGGGCAAGGCAUCGAAGGUGCCCCACCCCUUCACUCUGAUUCCAGGGGAAGCCAGCGAUGAAGUCAGGAUCUUCAUGAAGAUCAACAGGAGCGGCUUCACGUCCAAGAUGGCAAAGCUUUGCAGCCCCGAUGCAACUCCCCCCACCAUGAAGCUCGAGGGCCCCUACGGGAGCCCCUCGGUGCCGGCACCUGGAAUGGAGCGGACGGUCUUCGUUCUGGGAGGUGUUGGGAUCACGCCUGGGCUCUCGUUGGCCAAAGCUGCAGCAGAGGCGGCCUCCGGAACAAAGGUUGCGCUGUUCUGGGCCCUGCGGAGUCUGGAGCUUUUAGACCGUGCCGCUCCUCUGCUGGAGCCGCACCUGGAUGCGGAGAACAGCGUUGUUCGAUUGAAUGGUGCGGGCACUCAAGAAAGCCAAAGAGGCGACGGCGACAUGCCGCUGAAAGCCAAGUAUGGUUCUGAGGAUGUCGGAGCAUGGCUUGAAGCGGUGGGCUCGCAGUAUGUCAAGAGUGGCGUCAAACACGCCAUGGUCUUCAUUUGCGGCCCUCCCGGCCUCGCCGAGUCGGCCAAGGCUGCGGCAAAGCGCUCGGCCGGAGGCCUGUCGUGGCACGUGCACGUGGAGGAGUUCCUCUUCCUCCCAUCCAUGGGCCCCUGCGUGGGAAAGACGUCUCAGACGGCGCCCACUCCAGGCCGGUGGGUCAUGGCGCUGAUAGUGAGUUGGAAGAAUGGGUUUAGGGUUUAG